GGUGUCGAUCCUCAUUCGCCUUUUCGUCCUCGGAUGCUUCCAACGCAUCGUCUCUGGACGGUAAUGAAGCGAAGCGGACAUGGGCCCCCUCGUCUCGGCACAUGUUGUCUUUUCCUUCCUGCCCCUGUGCCUCAGAUGGUGGUCCGCAUGGCGGUCUUCUCGCGUUGAGGAUGGCAUUGAGGAACGCCAGCUCGUCGGGCGCAAUCUGGUCUUCCGUAUCGGCUUCUUCGCGGUGGCUCCCAUUGCCGCUUUCGCCGGACAAAGAGUCGAGUGAAAAGAGGGACGAAGAAGAGCAAGAAGGUGAAGGGAAGGGAGUAGAAGAGAACGGGGACGAUGUCGAGGCCACAGGUGUUGAGUUUUGGUGACGAGAGCGGCUGAGUCGCCGAGUCACCCGGUCAAGGCGCCGUAAUUUCCAUUUUCGUCGUCCACGGCUCUCAAAGUGUACCUCCAGGUAACCCAGCUCCCAUAGCGGCGGAGGGGCAUGCAGGCAGCGAUUCGUGAGGAUAGAGGGCGAGAGGGGCACUUGGAGCGGCAAGAUCUUUACUUGAUAAGAAGACUCUGCGUCCAUUGUGCGAGCUUCGACAAAGAUUUGUCGUUCUUUUCAGAGUUUUCGGAGCCUCAGCUUGAUGAUGUUGCAGGUGUCAAAGGAGAUGGUGAAGAGGACCGUGAUUGCGGGUGCCGCUGAAGCCUAGUCUUCCGACGACGGCGUCCUCCCUUAUAUAUUCUGCUCGCGAACAUGAAGCGCAAGCUUGCUCAUGAC